GAUAACGUCGAAGAGUAUAUUAAAAUAUAAGACCCUCGUUAAAAGAAUAAUACAUGUUUUAUUUAAAUAAAAUUCGGUUUAAAUGCUAGGGACUUUGUAUUGCGAACACACUGAUUAGUACUAUCUUCUCAUCAGCUGAUAAAGUUCCCAAUGUCAAAAUGAUAUGCAGUGGAAUCCAAUCGACAAAAAGAUCGAGGAGCAGAUUGAAGGGGACAUUUAUCGGUUGACUAUCCAUGAAUAAACAAUUAAUGAAAUCGAAUUAAAUAAAAUUCGAUGCCUCUCGGCAGCAAACCUGAAUGUGUCAAGUGUGGGACUCGUGAGACCCCGCUUUGGCACUCAACCGAAGCCGGUAACCUUUGUAAUACUUGUCUUGAAGAUGAGAGAAAUUCAGAAGUAAAUUUAAAUCCAAAAAAUGAAGAGGAAGAUAAAGGAGGAUCGCUUAAACCUACUAGAAGAAGUACAAGAAUAACAAGAUAUUGCAAUUCAAAACCAAUUUCGCACAAAAUUGUGCCUAAAGGAAAAGGACGAAGGAAUUUAUUCAAAAAAACUCCAGUGAAAGCACCAACUGCUACAGCAACUCCAGUCACAAGUAAUUAUGUGUUUUAUAAAGGCACUUACUUUCAAGUGGGUGAUGUAGUUUCUAUGCAAGAUAUUGAUGGUGGAAUUUAUUAUGCACAAAUUCGUGGUUUACUCACAGAUCAGUACUGCGAAAAAAGUGCUGCUGUUACUUGGCUUCUUCCUACUACAGCAAGCCCACCGCCUGAUGAAGGGUUCAGUCCUGAGACAUACAUUAUAGGUCCAGAGGAAGAUCUUCCACGUAAAUUGGAAUGCAUGGAAUUUGUAAUGCAUGCUCCAUCAGAUUAUUAUAAACUAAAAAAUACACCAUAUCCACCAUCGCUUACAGAAAGAGGCACUGGAUACAUAUGGACUACGCUUAGAAAUGAAAUUUCUACAUUUAAAAAGUAAAUUUAAUUUUAUGAAAUAUUUAUUUUAAGUCUCUUUUUAAUCUUUCUGUUUAAUUUCAUUAAAAUAUACAAAUUUCGUUUGAACCAAUAAUCUACAACUGAUUAAAAUGCACCUAAAUUUGUCUGAUACCUCUUUAAAAAUAAAAACUGUUAUAUGUUACUAUAAUGUUUAUUACAUAUUUCUUUGAUACAAUAUAACAUUAUUUAAUAUCUUUAAUAACUGGAUGGAAAUGUUCACAAAUGAGAUAACAUUAAAUAUACUGCUUUGGAUAUAGCAAUGAAAAUGCACUUUUAUGGUUUAUACUACAAUGGUAAUAUUUAUUAUUUUUUUUUAAUAUAUAGAAAUAAUAUUGCAUCUUUCAUAAAAUAUUAGUAUUUUUAAAAUCAUGAAGUAGUUUUACUUUUCUCUUUACAUAAUAAGAGUUAAUAGUUUGAAACAUUUUAGAUCCUUGUUCUUAAAAUCAAAUAUAUUUUGUUAAUCUUCACAAUAGGAGCCCUUGUCACUUUGUACAUGGUUCUUAUAAGUCAUAAGAACCAAUAUAAUCUUCACGUUUAAUUCUGGUACUGUUGAGAUGUAAUACAUGAAGAGUUUGUAGGCAGUAUUGGUGCAUUCUCAUUUGUUUGAAGAGGGGAGAAAAAAACCCUUGUGGUGUCACUUGUAUUUGGAAUUGUAGGUGAAAUCAGUCAGCUUGGAGCCAACGACGUAACGGCUGGUCAGAAUUUGAGAUCUUUUAUGGCCUGUGGCAGAUCAGGCAACUUCAUAUCCUUUAUCUGCUGUGGUAUAUUCAUAUUCUUGACAGCAGAAACAGCUCGCGCCGGCGCUGCUGUGAUUCCUGCCUGCACAUACCAUAUGGAUGGAAAAAAUGGAAAACGGAUCAAUUUAAAGGAUUUUUUUUUUAAACUUAAAUUUAUUAGUAAUAGAAGUAAAGACAAAUGAGUAGCUACGCAAUACAUAUUUUAUUUCUUAGAGCAUGGCGACGUAUACAUUUGCAUUAAGGCACUGUUACCGAGCAGACAUUUACAAACAAUAGCACCAUCAUGCGUGUUAUGAGUAUUUAUUUUGUAAAACUAAGAAAGAUUUAUGUUUUGAGAUUCUUGGUGAAAAAAAAGAAAUCACAGAUAAAUUGUAUAAAGGAAUGAAAGUGUACAAAAUGAUUUGAUUUUUUUUUUUUU